AUGACCGAUCUACGGGUAACCUUGCUCACAGGCCCUGACUGGUGCUGUGCUGAUAUGGAUGGCCACACACCCCCACAAGAACUAACUAAGGCUAGAUACGAUGAAUAUGUGAAAGGAGUUUUCCACUUGAAAGAAAGGAUAGGUUAUAUACCCUGGACAAGAUUCCCAUUUGUAGCCAUCCAACUGGUUUUGAGUGGUGAUAACAUGAUUGAGAGAUCAACACCUCGGAUGGAUGAUCCUGCGAAGGAAGCUGCCAACUCACCUCUCAGGUCGAUCAUCAUGAACCCACCUGGUCAAAUUGGAAAACGAUACGCUCCAGUUCGCUUGACUGCCACAGCCUCCCACAUUGCUGUUAAGUUGCUGAGAAUCCCUAAAACCAAGAUUGAUAGCGAUCUGACCUUUUCUGAGUACCCUCCCCUGGGUCGUUUUGCUGUGAGGGACCAUGCGCCAGACCAGUUUGCUGUUGGUGUCAUCAAGAGUGUAUGA